CAGCGCAGUACUGUAGUACUCCCCGGUGAAACCGAACUGUCCCCCCCCGUGCUGUUGCUGCACGGCCGCCACGUGCUGCGCGAACGAGGCGCUUGACCCCCACAGGCUUUUCCACUCGCUGUUAUGCGAAAGACAUCUAAAGAUACUGGGGACACAUUGUCUAUAAACAGCGGAGUGGAAAAUGAUAUCAGAAAGUCUGACAUAAGCGCAAAGAAGAGAAAUUCAAUUAAGAAGAAAGUUCAGAACUUCAGUCAGUCAGAGUCUGACGAUACUGCUCUCGUUCCAUUACUACAGACGUACAAAGAUAAACCUGAAAUUGCCAAACAAGGUGCCAAAUAUUCACUGUCGAAAACAAAGACUGAUUCAAUAAAUGAAGAAGAAGAAUAUAUUCUUAAAAACAAAGAUAACGACAUUGAAAGCGGGAAGCUAUGCAAGCCUGUUAUGACAGCGCAAAAUAUAUCAACAAGUGUUUUCAAUGAGCGUAGUAAAAUUUUAGAUUCCGUUAUAGUUUCUAGUCCGACUAAUGUUUUAGGAAGCACAAGCAUGACUUCAUCUUGUAGUACAACAAGAAACUCCUUACUUAUUGAAAUGAAUGAUAAAUCAUCUAACAGUGUCAAUACAAACGCUUUAAUUUUCACAACUGCAAAGAUUCAUGCAGAUAGUCAACCUAAAACAAUGGACUCCACUCAGGUAUCCGCUACUCCAAUAUUAUCAACUGCCGAAAGUAAUUUAAUUAGAGCUGAUGUAACACCCGUUUUAAGUAAUGCUUCAACUAAAGCUGAUUUUAUCAAAAGUAGUAAUUUGAAAACGGUUAUAUCUACAAAUGAACCAACAUCUAAAGUAAAUUCAAGUCUAUCUGGACCAAUAACAAAUGAAACUAAAAAAGUCAUUGAUAAAUCACCAACAAACAAGUUUGAUGACAAGAUAUUAGAAAAAGAUGUUAAGAACUUGUCCAAAACACUGGCCAGUGCAGUAUCAACGCCUUUACCUACAUAUUUCUACACAGGUAUUCCUAGAGAACAAAGUAAUCAGAUGAAAAAUAAAUCUGGUGAUGAUACUGCAAGCAUAACGAAAACAGACUCGCAAAAAACUAAAGAUGAAUUUAAAAUAAAUUCAAAAAUAACAAACGACAAUAAAAAAUCGACAGAUACAAAACUAGAAAGUACAAGUAGCUUAAAAAAAUUACAGCGUCAGAAACACGCAGCCGUUGAAGAAUCAAAUAACUCAAAUAUGUCACAAUCGGAAAAUAAAAAAAUGAAUAUUGAAAGGUCGGAAGAAAAAUCGAUAAAAACGAAAGAUACAGCGAAUACGAACCCUUCAAAAACUAAUGGUUCAAUCCAAACUGAUACUUUAAAAAGAACUACGCUUUCAACAGUUCAAACGAAAAUCGUAAAAACUAGUCCAAUGUCAUGUGCAUCUGGAACGGAAAAGAUUGCUACUAUUUCCACAGCAGCUCCGGUUUCUAAGUCAGUGACAACGGUUAAAUCUAUUACCACUGGUGCAAUUAGUUCAAAUAAAGAAUCUUCGUCCAAUAUUUCCUCAUUAUCAAAACCCUCUAGCGAUGCUAAAGGGCCUGGAGCAGGCUCAUUAAAAGCAAUGUCAACUGUAAAAUUAAUUUCUACUUCUAAAGAUGAAACAAAAGAUAUUGUCACAAAAACACCAAUAACAACGAUAACUGCCAGUACUUCUACACAACCAUAUAGCUCUUCUAAAUUACCACAAACUAGUUCCGUAUCUAAGAUCGAUAAUGCGACUAAAUCUCCCCCACCGACAUCGACCAGUAAAAUACCCACUUCACUCAGUAAAACAUUAACAAGCAAUAAAACAAAAUCCAAUUCAAGCAUGGAAAAUGAAAGCUUGAAUUUGAAACAAUCUUCUGUUGCAUCUACAUCGAGUAGUAAUAUUCCAGUAAGUACGCCAUUAUACAUCGUUGCAACUUCAAAAACGAAAAUUGGAUGUACGCCUACGUCGAACACUGCAGGCAUUUCCAAAGCACAAACUGAUAAGUCUGUGACUCAGGUUGUUUCCACAGUGAGAACAACCCCAACAGCUAUUACUAAACCAGCGGCUUCAACGUCAGGGAUUGAUUCAAAGGCAAUCGAUUCAAAACUGAAACCAACUACAUCCAAAUCAAGUCUCAAAAAAUAAAUAGUUCAUAUCAAUUAAUAGAAAUUUUAAAUAACGUAGGUAUGUAUAAAACAUCUAAAUAGGUAAAAAUAUUUCGGGAUACAUAGGUACCAUCGACAUAAAAAAGUUCGUGGUUCUCGUAAAAUUGAUUUUCUCGGUGACACGGGAGAUUAAACAAAUUUAUUUUUUCUUUAUAUCAAAAUUAUACAGUAUAGUAUUAUUUGCUCACUUAGGUUAUUCAUAAAGGAAUUGAGUGUAAAAAAAUAAAUUUAAGAUUAUUAUUAAAAAAAAAAAAUUAUUUGCCGGUGUAACUGUGCUAUAAAUACUUGAAAAGUAAUUUGCAUGGCCAUCUUGAAGAUAGCGGUGCUAAAAUAAUAUUUUUCAUAGACAAUAUUAUGGGUAUUGGGUAUUGCUAUUUUUCAAUUUUUGAUAACUUUAGAGACAAUUAAUUAAUUUCGUCUCAUACAGCGUCAAUUUCAGAAAUUGUUUUAAAAUAUUUUAUUCCUGGUCCUAUAAUCAAUUUUAUUAAAUAUUUAAUUGAGUCAAAUAAUAAUAAUAAUGAUUACAUUAAAAAAAAUCAUUAUGAGAGAAUAUUAAGAACGCAGGGUAGUUACAGAUAAUAGCAAUUUGAAAAUAAUCUUUUUUGGAAAAUUUUAUUAUAAAGGUUUAAAAUAUACUUUACGUUUAUUAUCUUAUCAUUAGCGUAUUUUACUUCUUUGACCUUUUAAUGUACAUUAAUAUAAAUAUAAAAUUAAAUAUUAAUACAUUUUUGACAAUUUUUAUUAACUUUCUGAUUAAUUUAGAUUUUUAUUCAAUUUACAAGUAGUAAAAAUAUAUAUUAUUAUCUACCUAAUUCAUAAUUUCGUAUUAUAUAUGAUUUAUAUGGAACGAAUUUGUUUGCUAAAUGUUCUGCGUAUGUAAUAAUUUUAAAUCAAUUCAUGUACAAAAUUAAAACAUUACCACACAUAACCUAAUCUAGGUACCAAUAUUAACAUAUCCAAUAGUUCCACAUGAAAUGUAGAUAUGUAACGGAAAAUAAACUAGGAUCUUUCGCUUGUUUGUUUGUAGGUAAAGUUGAUAAUAUAGGUACUUUAGAGUUCGUCCGUUUAGUAUAGUUUUCGUAAUCCGUCUAAUCCUGCUCAUAUUGAUGUAUUCUACACUGAUUCGAGAUUUGUUGUGUGUUGUCUUGCGGCUGUACGUAAUUUUAGAUCCAUUUUAACACGGUAUUAGUUUAUUUGCAUCAGGUUACCUUCAUAAGCGUAAAUUUAAAUUUAUUUAAAUAUUAUCUAUUGGCAACAAAGACCCAAGUAUACAUCAAAAUAUUAAAUCAAGCGCUCUCCUAGUUUUUUCUGGUAACUACUAUUGUUU